ACUUGCCUGGUUUCAAUGCACCCGUAUGCCGGAUUAGUGGUGUGCAUUGUUUACCCCUUUGCUUUACCCCCAUAGCGAAGCCGACGGAGCUGACAGAGCUAAAGUCAAGACUGACGCGAUCGUGAACUGUCCUCCCCGUUGGAAUGUGAUUUGUUUUAUUAAAGAUCGAAAUGAAAUACUUGUUGUCUGAUUCAUAGAAAAUCAAUUCAACAGCGGAUGAAGAACUUUCAACUCGCCAUUGCAGAGAUUCGAAACACAUUUUGACUUCAAUUAUUUCCAGUUUAACUUCUCCUGCAUGGUGGGAGACAUCAUCCUUGCACCAUUUAAGAUCUGUGUAUAAAUGAAUAACACAAUAUGCAUGAAACCAGUGAUGAAGUUAUUCAUUAUAAUGAGAUAUUGAUCCAGAAAUGCAAUUGGUAGCAUACUGUGUAUGGAAUUCGGCAUGCUCGGUUGCCAGACGGCUAUUUAAAUAUUCAUGAAGUGAUUACUGAAACUGCCAAAACAUGCCAUACAGACUUAUUACUGGAAUGUAAUUUUAGAUUUUGUAGCUUCUAUAAAAACCGUUCAUUGACUAGUGGAGACCUUGAUGUCAGACAGUCAAUUAUUCACUGUAAACGGGAUAUUAUAAUCAGAGGUGCAAGCAUAGAUAUUGAUGACAAUGAUGAAGCGGUCAUUUUUAAUUGACGAGAGUUGAAUCGCCGCCGCAGAAACCAGCUGCCAUGAUGGUCAUCAAGGGACACUUGGGGUCAACGACCUCAGGAGGAGGUCCGAGGCAACUCAAGCCUCAGCCCAUCAAAUCCUGGACAGCCAAGUCGGAGAAGGUGUACGAGAAGUCGAGGGAGAACGGGUUUGUGCCUGCACAGCGGGGUCUGUACACCAAGACUAAGAAUCCCCUGCCCGUCAAGUACACUGUCAGAGGAGAAUGGGAAUUGCAAGAAUGCGAGGAGCACUUAACAUGGCUGAACAAAGUAUUGAAGAAGAAGAAACACAAGCCGUUGACGGACUUCCGCAAGAGUGUGUCAGAUGGUCUAACUCUAGUCAACUUGUUGGAAAUUUUGUUCAAUGAGAAGAUUCAAGGAAUCCAGACCCGUCCAAUCAUCAGAGCCCAAAGGAUUGAAAACAUUCAUCUAUGUUUACGAUUCUUACAAACCAAGGGGUUUGAUACCAGAGGGGUCAAUGCUGAAGAAAUAACAGAUGGGAAUCUCCGGUCUACUAUAGCACUCAUCAACACCCUUAGACGAAGGUUUGAGAGUACCACCGUGAGCACCGGUAGUCAGAAGCAAGACAGUGCACCGUCCACGCCGCGAGGACCGGUACCAGAUAGCAUCUCACAGAAUGAAGAAAGGAUAUCAUUACAGGGGAGAGAUCCAAGUACUCUUAGCCAGAUAUCUGUUCAGUCUGAAACUAGUUUUGGAAGAAAGAGUGGAGAUUACACAAUGAAUGGUACAGAGGGUACCUCUGAGUUGCAGACCACUACACCCCGUCUGAUUCCUAAUGGUCAUGUUGAGCCUGCCUUACCGGGUCUAAUGGGAUCUACCAACCAUGAAGACGAGUUACCGGCCAUAGCACACAAUGAACAUACCGUCAUGAGUAUGACAGAGAUGGGAUCUAAAGGAGUCCUGCAGCAUGGAGCUGAGAUUAGACGGACGCAGCUAUCAAAAGAGAGCCCUCGUGGGGCCAUCAGACCCCAACCAGUCAAAGCAGGAGAUUCAUGGAACCCAUUAGCUAACCCCAAAUCUCCGCUGAGGGAUACAUUAUCCAUGACGGUCGAGGAAAAAUUAAAGAACUUACUCGACUCGCCCACACCAGGUAGUCUUAUCAAUGGAAACAAUCAGCCUCAGUUUGAUGAUGGUGAGCUGUUGGAGCUACCUCCACCAAACUUCCGUGAUGUCACCGAUGAAGAUGAGGCUAUUGAUGAGGAGGCUAACCUUCAAGCCAUGUUGGAGGAUCCUGAUAAGUUUGACUACCCCAAGGAUUGGGAUAGAUACAUCUCAGGUUAUGUGCCGUCCACAACGACUGAGAAGAAAGAGGGUCCUCGUGCUCAAGUCCUCUUAGAUCAACCCCCUUCCUCUACCACGCCCCCUCCCGAUGCAUCCACACCAACCACCAAUUGGAACCGUCCAGCUCCUUUCUUCCACGGUCCCUCAUCGCAUCAUAUGGGGACUGCUCCAUCAACUCAACCUCCGCAGGAGAUGUCUGCCUACUCAAAUGGGAGGCCUCAACCUAUCCGUCCAAUCAGCAAGAAGCUCCCAGAUAAUUUCCGCAACCUAUCGGGUGUGGUCUAUGGGGAGGAGCCAAUCAACAAAGGGUCAAUGUCAAAUCUUUCCCAGACAUGGUCCCCACCAUACAGAACACCAGGUGAUGGUCAAAGGACAAGGCAUCUUCCUUCAUAUGAGGAUCACAUCCAACGUCAUUCUCCUCCGGUCUACCGCAAGCUGCAGCCAAAUGGCCAGAGCCCACCAACCAGUGGCUACGAAUCUAGAGGCCGUAGCUCUCCCAAGACGUUACCUCGAUCUCAGGGUUUCCAGAGGUAUUACUCGUCAUCGCGUUCCCAAUUCCCCGACCAGUACAAUGCAGAUGCUGGCUUUCAUGAACAAUACAUUGAUCAAAUGGACAACAGGGGGCAGGCCUUCCUGUCGCAGAGUCUGCCUCAGCCGUUGGACGAUCAGGGACUGCUGCAACGGCUGUACCAGAGACCGAAUCAGAACACUGCCUUUGUGCCGAUACGCGCAUCGAACCCCAUGUAUCCCAUGAUGCCUGGUGGCGGCAUGAGCGAGGAAGCAUUUGCCAUGCAGCAGAUGGCGUACGAGUAUGAUAUGCCUUACAGCGAAAGCUCCUCGCGGUCGCACACCCCGCCCUUGCCCCCGCUCUCUCCCGACAUUACCCCUCCAGAGACCCCUCCAGAAUCGCCCUCGGCCUACAAGAAGAAUAGAUCAUCCAGCAUCUGGGCGACCAACAACCAGCAAUCACCAUUGAAUCCAAGGAGAAACAGAGGGGACAGUUUAGGGAAGCUCAGAAAGGGUCCUGUGAACAGGAGUCACAGUGCGAACUAUAAACUUGGAGACUCUAGGUCACCGCUAAAGAGAAGCGGUAGUAAAAGCAGAAGGAAAAACAAGCAUGGAUCAAGGACUAACAGUAGAGGAAGCGCUUCGACAGGGAAAGAGAGUCGCAAAUCAAGUGGAAGUAGUAGCAGAGCAGUACCAUCUUUGCAGUUGAAUCAAGUUCAGGAGCAGACGGAGGCAUCGGACAGUGAUGUAUCCCCCAAGCAGAAGGCACCAUCCAGUCUGAUGUCCGGUCCUGAUGGAAGGGAGGAGGAGACCCUCCAGGGUAACCCAUCUAGGGCCUCCUCGUUGGCCGGCGGGAAGGAGAACCAGAACAUGGAGGCUGUCAGGUCACAGCUCCUGGCGCUGGAGGGAAUGUAUAAAGAAAUACUGGGUGUGAUUGGUUCUAGUAAGCUGGAGAGUGACAGUCCAAAGGCAGGAAACAAGAUCAAUGCACCCAUGAGAAACAUUGGCAAACAAAAAAGCAACAAACUGUCCACCAAACAACGGGAACGAGAUAUCAAGUCAGUCAACAAGCGUUUCUCCCGAGUGGAGUCUCAUGUCGUGACGCUGGCCCGUAGCGUUGCCCACCUAUCGUCUGAAUUGCGAUCUCAGAAUGCUCUGAUUCGAGAGAUCGAAGCAUUGAGGAUUGAAGUGAAUCAGUUGAAGGAUGUUGCGUACUUUAAUCACGAUGUAUCUGCAUCAUCAAGGAGCUUUCAUAGACCGUUUGUGCCGCAGUGUGCCAACCCACAGAAGAUCAAGAAACUCACCAAAUUCUUUGGGGAGGAGCCUCCGUUAUUAUCAAUAUUCCUAAAGGAUCUUGGCUAUGAGAAAUACAGCAGCAAUUUUGAGAAGGCUGGGAUAUCGAUGAUAGAGAUGCCCUAUCUGAGUGAGGAGAAGCUUGAAAACAUCGGUAUACCCAUCGGACCUCGGCUACGCAUCCUGCAGGAGGCACAAAUAAUGGUCUGAAAAGAUAACUUUUCAACUAUGCAAAAACAAUACAAUUCAUUUUGUAGAAGCUGGUUAUUUUUCAUGGCGAUGCAUUGUGUUUGUAAGGUGAAGAUAUUUCACUUCAAGUCAUUACUGCAUAUCAUAUAGAUGUUGGAAUCUUUACAGAAAAUUUGGGAGUGCUGACUUGAGGACCCACUUUCAAGGAAAUGCUGAAGGAAUAAAUCUGCAAAUGACGCAUCAUCUCUUCAACGUGCUAAGCUUCAAGUCUGACAGUUUUAUUUGACCAAAGGACUCACAUUUUUACUUCCUCCUCCAAAAAGAAGAACAUGCAAAGAGAUAUGUUAACUCUUCAAAGCCUAGUUGGAUAUCAAUUCUCAUGAAAUCAAAGAAACAGAGCAAAAAAUAGGAAUAUCCAAAUUCUUCCAAAUAACUGGAUUAUGCCAACCCAAAGCACUUUCAGAAAAGGUUAUACUAUUUUAGUUACAAUACAUGAUUAAUAUAUAAAAACCCACCAAUAUUUUAAAGUACCAAAUUAUUGUUUGUUUGUUUUUUACUUGGUAUUUUCCAUGUUUCUAAGAAUAUAUAUGCAGCUGGUGCUAGUAAUGUUUGCUGUUACUGUACACACUUUUGCACAUCCUUCCUCUUUUUAUGCUUUGCUAUGUCAAGUUUUCCACUUUUUUUUAAAAAUAUAAACCUGUAUUUGAUAAACCACAUUCCACAUGAUGCUGUGUAAUUGCUGGAGAGAUGAAAUACAAAACAUUCAAUUUUUGUGGUUCAUAAUACAUGUGCCACCGUUGUUCUUUACCAUGAGUGGCUUGUUGGUAUACCACUUUUUCCCCUAGACAUACAAGAUCAGAUAGCAGAGGCAACAAGUAAGAAUUAGAAAAAUGAGAGAAAUAUUAAAGUGAACUAUGCAGAGAAGAAUAAGGAUAAGUCAGUAAGGGCACACAACUUAAAGCAGAUACGAACCAAUAGCGCCGUCUCGAGUCGUCAACUACUCAUACCUGGCCAGUUUCCUGACCCAGAAUGCUAGUGUAGUCUAGUAAUAUGGACCCACUGGAAUGAUAACAUGCUAACUAACUACUCAAUACAUUUAUAUCGCAAUUAUUAUGUUACCAAGUAGCAAAACAAUUACUUUUCCUCUCAAAACAUAUUAGUUUCUCUAUACAAAUACAAUUAUAGGUCGAUUUAUUCUCUGUAGUAUUACAUGUAAGUAGAUAUCUGAAAACGUAUAGUUUAAGACUAUGUAUUUAUAACACACAGUCAGUGAGAGACCACACACACUUCACUCCCCCUUAAAAUUCAUGUAUUAUGAAAAGCAUAACUUAUGGGGCACUUCCACAUACCUGCUUCCUGGUUUUGUGCUUCUCUUUAGAAAUGUCAAAGUUAUCGUUUUGUCACAAUUUCCGAUGCCCUUGUUGACAUACAUGUUUUUGAGCAACACAUGUAAUUGACAAGAGUACGUGUGAUGAGUUAUCCUUCAAGUAUUGCAUUUCUUGCUCUUGCAUUCGCUUUGAAUUAUCUUUUAAUAUUUAAAAAUUAUUUAUUUAUUAUUUCAACGUUAUAGUAUGCAGAUUCCACAUUUUACCUGUUGUAUUCCAUUUGGGGUGAUUUCACUUGAAGAACUGAAAUAAUUUGUAUAGUUUCAAACAGCUCAUGUACAUUUAUAUGUAUAAUGCUUUUUGAAUAAUUUGAUAAUUUUAGUUUGUAUAUUUUGCCUAUUUAUGUAUUUAUUAUGUGGUUGGUCAGUUUUUAUGCAAUCUCUGCUCUCUGAACUUAAAAUCUAUUUCAUGCUUGGCCAUAGAGCUAUAGACUACCGAAGAGAUAACGUAAAAAUCUUUUUUAGCAUUUCAACGUUUUUUAAUACCAUAUUUUCGUAGAGCAUGUUGAAAAACCCCCACUACCAAAUCUGGUGGGAAUCGGUCCGUUGGGACCUUCGAUAUUACAUCAUGAAUACGUAAUUAGCCCCAUUGAAGUCGGUGUAUUAUUGGCCAGGUUCUAAAUGUUAGGAAUCAGGGGCCCGUUUCUCAACACCUGGACAAGUUAGUCGUAUCUUUAUCCACCAACCACGGAGUUAGUUCCAAUCUUACUAAACCCGUUCCACGAAGGGCUUCCUAACUAGAAUUCCUUGAUAUCGAUACUAUCGGUAGAAAGAGCAGACGAGACAUAGCCUUAGUCACAAAAUAGCAUAAUUUUUGAAAAGCAAAAAUGUGAUAAAACUUCAAUUAUUGUGAUUAAUUUGGAAAUACAUCUAAUAAAAAUAAUAGCAGAGGCAAAAUAUGAACCAUGCAUACUUAAACCAUGAAGACUGGGGCAUUCAAUUGCUGAGAAAAUCAAAUUAUGAAUAAUUCAUUUCAUGACUAAAAAAUCACAUGUGGACAUUGAGAUGGGUAUCCCUGGGAUAGUAAAUUUUGAUAGUUUACGAAAGUAAACCACAAUUGUUUUCUUUGUAAAAUAAUGAUAAUUAUACGUUUAUUUAUGGUUCCAAACAUCAUCAAAAUAUAGUUUAACAUAAAUUUUUAAAUUUUUACAUACCGAAACACACGAUUUGUCAAAUUCUUUGCAUAAAUUAGAGAUAGAAUUUAUCAAAAAUGUUGAUAGGUGUUUGAAAACGACGAAUACGAGUCCAGUUAUGGAUGACCUGAUGUGGUAGAAUCUUUAUCGAUUCAAUUAUUUUACUAUUUCAAAAUGAGUGGUUUUGUUGCGUUUUACCAACAGUUUUUAUAGUUUCUGUGCAUUACAAUUAUUAUUGAAUGAGCUAUCACACCUGUUUUGCAAAGUAAUCUCAACUUCUAUGAAUGAUUACGUAAGAUUACAAUUUUCAAAUUUCGAGGCAAUUUUGCAUGUCAUAGUGUACCCACGUGAUGCCACUACGUCAUUAAGAAAGAAGUUAUGACAGGUUCGGAGGUGUCAUAAAUAUUUGGUCAGGUUGUUGUCCCCGUUCUUGGCAAAGAGGGCUUCGUGAAACGGUUAGCGGACAAGUAGCUCACUAUCUUCGAUUUAGUCAAGAAGUUAGACUUAUGACGGUGUUGAGAAACGGUCCCCAGGCCAAUAAUACAUUGACUUCAGUGGGGCUAAUUAUGUAUUCAUGAGGUCAUACCUUGGAGCCCAAUGGACCAAUUCCCACCAAAUUUAGGUUGUGGGGGUUUCUCCUCAAGCUCUACCAAAAUAUGGUAUCAAAAACGCUGAUAUGCAAAAAGUGAAAAUUGAUGACGUCACAUUUCGGUCAAACAGUUGAUCUGAAGGUCUUUGGCAAACCAAGUGUUACAUAUAUACUACAGUUACAAUUUGCAACUGAUUGUAAGAGCGAUUGUAUCUCUACUUACCGGACACUGUUAGAUGCUUUUGAUGUGUGGAAUCCAUUUUUUAUUCAUUCGAUUUAAGUCAUUUGUUUUAUCAAUUAUUGAAUGUAUUUCCCAGAAUUUCUACAGAGUCGGUCUUUGUUAAUCUGAUAUUACGCAGAAGUCUGUUGCAAGAAACUUCUCUAUUUGCAAUCCAUUGAAAGAUCAAAUUUCGAUUUUACCUGUAGUAAAUCGCUUCCUAUUGCAAGAAACUAAUUUGGGGGCCAUUUCAUAAAAGUUGUUAAAAUAACAAAUUUGCAAUAACAGUAAAAAGCUACUGAAAUCCUUCAAUCUGAUUGGCUGAUGGUAAAUAUGUUACAGAAGUUGUGCUAUGUUAUGAUAACAAGUCUUUAUGUAACUAACGAGACCCAGUACCUUGUAAUUUGUGAUUAAAUUUGGGGAGUUUCACUUGCAAUUGUUCCCUGACGGCAUCAUUUCAGUGCUAUCUUCCAAAUCAUUAAACUCAUAUUUCAAGUCCAAAAUAUCCUGUUUGAAUUGAAACACAUAUUUCACUAAUAUACAUUUUAGAUAGCUUGAGAAAGAGAGAAAAACAAUUCUGCUUGAUAAUCCUAUUUUUUACAUUCCAUUAAGAUUGUAAUUGAUAUUGGGGAAUCAUUGGUCUUCCAUAUUCUCUGUUUCUUUAUAGAAGGGAAGCAGUGUAAUUUAUUUAUUUAGUUGGUGAAUACUGCUAUUGUAUUUACUGCUGUGUAUAGUUUUGUACAUUUUGUGAAAUUAUUAAUAAAGAAUCAAUUAAAUUAUAUGAA